CUUAACAAUGGAACUGCUUCAAACAUUCCUGCUCAUCUUCUGCGUCGGCUGUUCCGCCGGAACCUCUCCGGAUCACAAAAUCGUGCUGAAAUCGCUUCAGCAAGCGGAGCUCGAAUGUAAACAGUACCUGCGAGCCGCUCCCACCGAGGAGGCACCCUGCGAACCGCGCUGCGAACAGAUCCUGCUCCGGUCGUGGACGGACUGUCGCGGGCUCGGCAGCAUCCCGUACGGGCGGCACUUCCGGCCGGAUCCCACCGACGCGGACUACAUCAACCGUACGCAGCUGUGCGUGGACGCAGCCAUGCAGGGCGCAACCGACGUCUGCUGUCAGGGACGGGUCGUGUACCAGUGCUACCGGGAGCAGUACGGCAAUUCGGCCGGAACUCCGCAACUCGCGCCCAUGUCGGAUAUUCUGAUCCGGAGCACGAUCGAAGAUUGUGCGAAGUUGUUGCAGGUCGAAAGCUUGGAACUGAUGCUGUACGGGUUGACACGAUUCGACCUUUCGGAGAAAGCACGCAGCCUGAUGCGGUGCGUCGUGAUCCGACAAGGUCUGUACAGUGACGAGUUCGGGCCGGAUCUGGACCGGAUGUACGUUCAGUACGGUGGUUACGACGUCGAACAGAAGGUCUUCGCGCAGAAUGCCCAAUCCUGCGUUGACUGGCUUCGCGGUCAGUGUCUGGACAACGCCACGCUGGCCACCCGGAUCGUGACCCAAUGCUUCCCACCCGGAAGCGGUCCGGACACACUGAUCAUCCCUCAGACGGUCCUGCCGUUGGUGGGAACGCUCGUAGAUGGCGUUCUCGGGACCAUGCGCGGGCUCAAGGUGUUGGACGCGGUGUUGAAGCCGCUGGCACCACUGCUCAUCGGCGUUCCGUACUCGCUGAAUGCGCCCCUCCAGAAAGCACUUCUGAACUUGCUGGUCGAUCCUCGAGGUUUUGCCCGGGCGAUCGCAGCGCUGGAAAAGCCCCCGCUGAAGGAUAAAAUUGAUGCCAUUCGCUAGUUUGUCAAUAAACCAGUUUAAAAACAAACACUGCCAGUUUUUCUUCCGAACGCAGCCCAAUUUUUGACAGUUCAACAACAAUUA